AUGAACGCACUCAUUUGUGGAUCUUUGCAGCGCAACUGCUUGACCACCAACCAUCACCAUCUUUCCAUCCCGCUCCCCCUCACAUCGCGUCUCACAGCCGAAAUGGACGCUGCGGGCGAUGUCCCGUACGCCGACAGGCACCCCGUCGUCUCGCUCGUCUCCGCAUGCUUUUGGGUAAUUUUGUGGGCAUUGUCAUGGGCAAAGGCACUCAUUGCGUUCGCGACGAUAACGGUCCCCAAGUGGAUUUACGCCGUGUUGUCGUGGUCGAUGACACUUACUUUGAACAUCUGGUCGUUUGCUAUCAUCUUCGUCGCAUCGGCCGUCGCACUCAACUACUGGAUACGCUUCCGAUAUCUGAACGACUACAUGCAACUGAAGGAGUCGCCGCUCGGGAAGCCAGACACCACCGAGCUGCAUCCCGAUGUCAACACAGACGCUCCGCUGCGAUUUGCGACGCUCACCACGUUCUACGACGAUUUCCUGCAAGCUAUCAGGGUAUUUGGCUUCCUGGAGAAACCAGUCUUCCAUGAAUUAGCUAGACAUCUGCAAACACGGCGCCUCAUUGCGGGGGAUAGCAUGUCCCUUGAACAAGACAAGAGCUUCUAUUGCGUAGUAGAUGGCAUGGUACAAGUAUACGCUAGAACAGGACACUCGACAGAGCACCAGCCGGGCUCGUGGGAUGAGGACGAUACAAAUGGCUACCAGCUCCUCAACGAAGUGGGCAGCGGAGGCACGCUGUCCAGUUUGUUCACGAUUCUGAGUCUCUUCACGGAAGACGUGAAGAUGAGUUGGCAAGGCGCCGACUCUGCCAAUGAGCCCGCAGCACAGAAUGCCAGUACCUUUGCUUCGUCGUCGUCUUCUACGCACAGCCGGACGAGACGCUCGAACUCGGAUGUGUCGCAGAUGGAGCUCAAUUUGGAUGGGGUCAAGUCCCCGAAGACCGGUGCUGCGCAGAGGAGGGCGUCUGUCUCCUCGUCUGCUUCGGCUUCUACUGUGCAUGCAUCUGGCGGCACACAACGAGGCACUUCUCAUUCCCCGAUCCUCGAUGACGAUGACUUCGAGCCAAUCACUCCCCAUGCGUCGUCAGUGCCACUAAGUCGUACGCAGUCGAAUUCGCCCGGAAUACAUCGCGGCGUCGUCGUUCGCGCCACCGAGGAUACGACGCUCGCUGUUAUACCUGCCGAAGCGUUUAGGCGGCUAACUAAGAAAUUCCCCAAGGCUACGGGACAUAUAGUUCAAGUGAUUCUGACGCGCUUUUCACGCGUGACAUUUUAUGCCGCGCAUAAGUAUCUCGGCCUCACGUCCGAAGUGCUUCGAACGGAGAAAGCCAUCAACGAAAUUGCGUGUCAUCCUCUACCUCCGUCAUUCUAUGAAGGAAAUGGUUUACAGCAUCUUCGUCAACGCUUUGAUGCCGGGGCGCCCCCCAGCACGCUUCAUUCACCACCGGGUCCCAUGAGAGCGCCGGCGCGCCCUACAGUUGUUGAUACACGCUCGGACCGUGACAAGGCUCGUCACUUGAAGAAAGAUUCCACCCACUCUAGCUCUCCUUCCCCAAUCGCCUAUCGUCCCUCUCGCCAUAUUGUACAAGCAGGGGAUCUACACAGUACGACUGGCCAUUCCAAUGGAAGUGACUCUUACCGCCCCAAUCGCUCAAUGAGCGUGUUGCAUACUCCACGUAUGGCUCGCAUGCCCAGCCAGAACUCGGAUGACGAUAGGGUCGCUGACCCUCUGGGCAAAUCGCCUACGGGUCUCGGGGGGCAUAAGCUGUUGGGUACGGAAGAUUUCGAUCUUCGGGAGGAGGUUAUGUCGUGCAUUGCCAAGUCCAUCGGUCUACUGCAGCCUCCGAUGAGCGAUACGGACUCGGCGAAUGGUUCUCCAGCGUUCUUGCCUUCUGAAGGGGGCUUAUCCUCCACGGGUUUCACGUCCUCGCUAGGCUCGCUGUCUCUACUGGACCUUGGUGGAGAAGAUGCAAGUGUUACUGGUUCAUCGUCGAUUGUAUCGGGAGGCAAUGGCUACCUGAGUGGCCUGGACAACGAAGUUGAGAUCCUUUUCUUCCCCGCUGGCGCAACUUUGGUCAAGGCGGGAGAGAUGAACACCGGACUGUUCUAUGUAAUCGAAGGCUUCCUGGAUAUCCUGCUCCCCGCCGAGACGUCAGCGAAGGAUGCUGGAGGUGCUUCAGGCAUUCCGCCGCAGGACAGCUUCAAACUGCCUGAGCAAUUCCCUCCACAGCCGCGAGAUCCAUGGGGGUCAUCAGGACCUGGAGUCAAGCCUGAGAAACGCCAGAAGCUGCUGUUCACCGUGAAGCCUGGGGGCAUUGUGGGAUAUCUAGCAUCACUAUGCAGUACUGCAUCGUACGUUGAUAUCAAGGCUAGGACGGACACUUAUGUUGGCUUUUUGCCAUCGAGUGCAUUGGAACGUCUCUUGGAGAAGCGUCCGAUCGUCCUGCUCACCUUGGCCAAACGACUCAUUUCCUUGCUCUCGCCCCUAGUCCUCCAUAUUGACGCCGCGCUUGAUUGGAUGCAAGUCAACGCUGGCCAAGUGCUCUGGCGACCGGACGAUGCAAGCGAUAGCUUCUACAUCGUGAUCAACGGUCGUCUGCGUGCCAUCACUGAAUCCGACAAGCCUGGGAAGGGCAUGACAAUCGUAGCAGAAUAUGGGCAAGGUGACACUGUCGGCGAGUUGGAUGUGAUCACUAGUUCAAGGAGAAGGACGACCGUUCAUGCUAUUCGCGACACUGAAUUGAUUCGGAUGCCCCGAACUCUAUUCAAUGCUAUCUCUGCCCGGAACCCGCAAACCACUGCACAAUUGUUGCGAAUGAUUGCUUCCCGAGUGCGGGACGAACUAGAUUCGUCGACAACGACCCAGGCUCGGAAAGCGAGUCAAGCAGAACUAGGCCACAAUAAUACAAACCUCAAAACUGUGGCAGUUCUGCCAGUCACCCGCCAGAUACCAGUCGAGGCCUUUGCACGUAAGCUUCAUGCUGCGCUGGAGGCCAUGGGCGCCACUACGUCGUACUUGAACCAAGCGAGUGUGUCCAGUCAUCUAGGAAGACAUGCCUUCACUCGCAUGGGCAAACUUAAAAGUGCUGGGUGGCUUGCUGACCAAGAGCAGAGGUACAGAAUUGUGCUCUACGUUGCCGAUUCGCCGGUCAAUAGCUCGUGGACGCAGACAUGCAUUCGGCAGGCGGAUUGCGUGAUGAUAGUAGGCAUGGGGGAUGAUCCUGGUAUCGGUGAAUACGAGCGUUUAUUGUUAUCGAUGAAAACUACAGCACGGAAGGAACUCAUCUUGCUCCAUCCCGAUCGCUCUGUCGUAUCUGGCUCAACGCGCGAGUGGCUCAAAAAUCGUCCUUGGGUUCAUCAACACAUUCAUGUUGAGCUUCCUGUAGGUUCCCUCGCUCCGACUACUGUAGAGCCCAAAGGAGCAGGUACAGACGCCGUCACAACCUUUAGGAAUCUACGCGAUAGAGUGCAGAGUGGAAUAUUGAAGUAUAGAGGGAGCUCUGGCGACGUUCGCCCUCAACGCCUGCCGCACACGAACGACUUUGCACGGCUAGCUCGCAGAAUCUGCGGGAAAUCCAUCGGUCUGGUCUUAGGUGGUGGUGGAGCUCGCGGAAUUUCCCACCUAGGGGUCAUCCGCGCACUGGAGGAAUAUGGUAUUCCCAUCGACCACAUUGCUGGGACAAGUAUUGGUGCGUUUAUCGGCGGCCUAUACGCUCGGGAAGGCGAUAUCCUUUCCAGCUCCGGCCGUGCCAAACAAUUCAGUGGAAGAAUGGGAAAUAUCUGGCGCAUACUUUCUGAUGUCACGUAUCCCAUUGUAGCAUACACGACGGGACACGAGUUCAAUCGCUCGAUCUAUAAGGCAUUUUAUGACCUCCACAUCGAAGACAUGUGGCUACCAUAUUUCUGUAACACGACCAAUAUCAAUACUUCACAGAUGGAUAUUCACGAAACCGGCUACGCGUGGAGAUUUAUCCGUGCGUCUAUGACGCUGGUGGGUCUUCUACCCCCUCUGUGCGACAACGGAAAUAUGUUGGUGGACGGUGGAUAUAUUGACAAUCUACCGGUCUCCGCCAUGUUUUCCAUGGGCGCCAGUGCAGUAUUCGCUUCCGAUGUUGGCUCAAUCGACGAUAACUCCCCUCGUAACUUUGGGGAUACGGUGUCGGGAUGGUGGCUACUCAUCAACAGGUGGAACCCUUUCGCAAACAUCAAGGUUCCCGCGAUUACCGAAAUACAGAGCCGACUUGCAUAUGUGUCGAGUGUCAAUACAUUGGAAGAGGCCAAGAUUACUCGAGGGUGCUUCUACAUGCAGGUGCCCGUACAAGACUAUGGGACGCUUCAAUUUGGGAAGUUUGAAGAACUACAGAAGAUAGGAUACCAGGCAGCGAUGGAUUUGCUCAGUGGCUGGAAAGCUGAGGGUAAACUCCCUUCAACGAUGAUCGAAGGAGAGAACGCAAGUAAUAGCAGUAAGAGGAAGGGCCGCACUGCACGAAGAAACUCGAUUUAG